AUGCUGUCGCGCAUUACACCGCCCUCUGACAAAGUAAAGAUAACGAGUGCAGAUCAUAUUGGAAAGGAAUUAGCGAUUAGUUAUGCUUCAUUAGGAGCAACGAUAGUAUGUUGGGACAUCAGUGAAGAACUAAUAAUGAAAAGUGGAAGAUAUUUAAACAAUGAGAAGAGAUUCUGUGUAUGCAUCGGUAAUGUAGCAGAUAGGGAAGAAGUUUUAAAAGUAGCCAAAAAAGUAAAAGAAGAAGUAGAUGAUGUUACUAUCUUGAUUAAUAAGAAGAGGGAUACAUUCUUAUCUAAUAUGAUCAAAAAGGAUCACGGUCAUAUCGUAAUGAUUUCAUCAGAAACAGGACUCUUUACCAAUCCUUAUGGAACGGUUUACUGCCCUUCAAAAUUCGCAGCAAUUAUGUACUCUUUAUCGGAAGAAUUAUGUGUAUUGAGUAACGGAAAGUCAUCGAUUAAAUUUACAACUAUUUAUCUGUUCUUCGUAUGUACCGGACUUAUUAAAAAACCAAAAAUUAGGUAA